AUGGCUAAAGUAUGGUAUGAGUAUUUUAACGAAAACGACGUAGAAGCAUGGUCGAUUUUCCAUUUCCAACAAAAUUGGAAACGUAUUCAUGAAGGAGAUUAUAAACAGCUUAGUUACGACAAGGCAAAUGACGCGCUUACCAAAAGUCUCCGCGCAAUUAUUAAUAAAAGUUUAGAUACCAAGAGAAAAUUAAGAAAGCUAAUAGAUAUUGCAAACGUGAAACGCAUGCUUCGCCGGAACAUGAAUAGUAAAAAUAUCGAUACAGGAAACUACCUACAAUUUUCAUCUUGCUCCGAUGUACGAAUUGAGUCUGUUUCUACAGGUGAUCCGGUCAAUGGACAAAAGCGAAAAAAAGAAUCAUCUUUACCAAAGGAUAAAAAAUUAAUUGACAUAUCUGCCUCAAAGAAGGUCAAGAAUAAUGAUAAUAAAGCCGAAGGAUCCGCGAGUUAUGUGAAAGAUACGUUAUCAUCAUCGUCUCUGGAAACGGUAGCCGAAACAGAAAGUUCGGGUCUAAUAGAGAUGUUAAUAGUCCCGGGCACUUAG